AUGCCCACUUCUUGCACCCAGUACGAGCGUGAUCCGGUCGUGACGGACAGCGUCGACGUUUGGUAUCCGGACGGAACCAUCAUCCUUCAGGCGGAGAAUCUCAGGUUCCGCGUUCACAAAUCGAUCCUCAGCAAACACUCGCACGUCUUCCGAGAUCUCUUCUCGCUCGCCGUACCCAAAGGGGCCCCAGUCAUGGAAGGAUGUUCGAUCCUCGUGAUUCACGAUGGCAAAGAGAGCACAGAGCAUGCACUGAAGGCCUUUUACUAUGAUCAUGACUGUCCGAUGAAUAUAUGCGCCGUAGCUGCACUCCUCGAGUUCGGCGAGAAAUACGACAUCGAGCCUCUCCUGGAAGAAGCCGAAUCGCGACUUUGUCUGGAGUUCCCGUCCACACUCGAUGGAUGGAACAAGGCAAGCGAAAGCUGGUCCGUGAUCAAGGAACAGGAUGGGAUCGUCGAGCUAGCCACUAAUCUCAUCUGGCGGCACAACGUCUCCCUCGCCCUCCCAAUAGCGAUGUACGCCUGCUCCCUCCGCCCUGUCGUAGAAAUAAUGGACGGCCGCCGGUACGACUCCAAGCUCGUCCUCUUGAGCGAUCCGGACCUUCGCGCGCGCAUCGUCGUAGGCAAAGAUCAAAUUUCUCGCGCGUGGAGCGCCAGCCAAUUCUCCAAAUGGUUGGAAAGCGACUCGCCUCACGCUGGAUGCGCGACGAAGUCGUCCUGCCUCAAGGGUCGGUUUGCGAUCUACAGGGCGAUCUGGGACGACUUCUCCGUGCACACCGCGUUGGAUCCGUGGUCGGAGGACUGGGACCGACGCUUGUGCGCUCGGUGCGUGGAAGUGGCGCAGGACAAGUACGAACACGGGAGGCAGGAGAUAUGGGCGAAGCUGCCGGAGAUAUUCAAGCUUCCCGAGGACGAUUGA